AUGGCACUACAACGUGCAAAUGACAUUAUCGGCAAGUCACGCGAUGAAUACCAAUGCAAUCAUGUAGUCAAUUACGUUUUAAAUGGCGAUAAAACCAAAGGUGGGUUAGCAAGAAACUAUCUGAAUUAUGGUCAAGUAGUACUAACACCUCAGGCACUCGAUGUUGUCGUUGAUAAAGACGGUGUUCAUUGUGGGAUCUUCAUAGAUAGUGGAAAUUUUAUACAUUCUUCAACAAGAAGACAUCAAGUGAUUAAGGUUGGUCUAGAACAGCUUGACAAAGUUUUUCCUGAUGGUUAUACAAUUCGUCGAAAGUAG